GCACGCCAUCUCCCCUCCCGCAAAGCAGCCGACGGCGACGCGAGCUCCCAAUCCCCAAAUCCUGCGGCGCGGGGCUGCGACAGCAAAAGCAGCAAGCCCAAAUUCGUCGCGAGUUCCGGAGCACCCCAUGGAGCUCAGCAUCUAGGCGUGGUUCGGUUCGUCUUAUGGAUCCAGAUGUUCUCGUGGAGCCGUAAGCAGUCCUCACCCUCCUCGUCCUCUGGCGGCCGCCGCGCGGACGCCUCCAUGGACUCCAGCAGCCGCCGCAGCGGCGGUAGCGGGAGCGGGAGCGGAAGCCGCGGUCGCAGCCCGCGGCUGGAGCGCCGCAACGCUGCGAAGCACAUCGACUACGAGGCGGGCGCGGGGGCGUCGUCAUCCGUGUCGGCGUCGUGGUCGUCGUCGUCCUCGUCGGCUGAGCGGUCUCCCGGGAUCCGCCCGUCGCGUUCGCUCGACCUGGCCGCCAGAGGUGGCACGGACUUCCGCAUCAGUGGCAGCGCGGAGGGAGAGGUCGAUGAGCUCUGCCGCAGUCUGGGCUUGUCGGGACCGGAGGAGUUCGCCAUCCCCGUUGCUGCUUGGGAAGCCCGCAAGGCGCGCUCGAGCUCCGACCUCACCCGCUCUCGCCCAGACUCAUCGACUCCCGUGGAAGACCCCUCCCCCGUCGUCCGGUCCAUCUCCGCCCCCGAGCCCCAGUGCCCCCCACCGCUCUCCUUUCCCGACCCCAUUCCUGAGGAGCCCCUCCACUCGUCCUCCACUUCCACCGCUACUGACUCUGUGGAGGAACCAACCAUCGCGGCGCCAGAGGAAUCCCCCAAGGCUACCCCUGUCGUCGCUGUUGUGGUGCCCGUCGCGGGCUUGUCACCCCUGUCCCCGAGGAGGGGAGGCGGGGAGGUCGGGAUCCGGGGAGUCCGGCCGCCAGUGCUCUCCCCGCCUCCGCCGAUCACGGGGCUCGCGCUGCCGCCGGUGAGGCGAUCGUCUGUGGCAGAUGUCAUGAGCGGGUCGGCUUGGGACAUUGUGCAGUCGUUUGCUCCCAUGGAAGAGCAAAUUGAACCGGCCAUGUCUUACGAACACGUCGACACGUCUCACAUGUCAGACACAGAGGAGGGCGAGGACGAGGAGACCGAGGAGGGAGUGACAGGGGCUGAGAGGGAGCUGAAAGGGUGGAGGGUUGGAGAGACCUUUGAAGGGUUCACCGGGACAUCAUCAUUGUCGACAACGAAUGAUGAUGAUGCAUCUAGCACGAAUACAGAGGCUGUCUUCAUCAUCUCGCCGAACGGCAAGUUCAAGCGAAACAUCAAGUCAUGGAUGCGUGGUGCACUUCUUGGAAGUGGCUCAUUUGGGAUGGUAUACGAGGGGAUCAGUGAUGAAGGUGCGUUUUUUGCUGUGAAGGAAGUAUCUUUGCUUGACCAAGGAAGCAAUGCACAGCAAUCUAUUCUUGCACUUGAACAGGAAAUCGCACUCCUUAGUCAGUUUGAACAUGAAAAUAUAGUCCAGUAUUACGGAACUGACAAGGAAGAAUCUAAACUGUACAUUUUUAUUGAGCUUGUUACACAAGGUUCUCUCUCAUCCCUCUAUCAAAAGUAUAAAUUACGAGAUUCACAAGUCUCUGCAUACACAAGGCAGAUUCUUAAUGGACUAGUUUAUCUCCAUGAGAGAAAUGUGGUCCACAGGGAUAUCAAAUGCGCCAAUAUAUUAGUUCAUGCAAAUGGAUCAGUAAAACUAGCAGAUUUUGGAUUGGCAAAAGAGAUGUCUAAAAUUAAUAUGCUGAGAUCAUGCAAAGGAAGUGUCUAUUGGAUGGCACCUGAGGUUGUUAAUCCAAGAAAGACAUAUGGACCUGCAGCUGAUAUGUGGAGCUUGGGCUGCACCGUGUUGGAAAUGCUAACCCGCCAAAUACCAUAUCCUGACGUGGAGUGGACAAAUGCUUUCUUUAUGAUUGGAAGAGGAGAACGACCUCCUAUUCCCAGCUACUUGUCAAAAGAAGCUCAAGAUUUCAUCAGCCAGUGUGUAAGAGUUGAUCCAGAGGAGCGGCCUUCCGCGUCACAACUUUUGGCGCACCCAUUUGUUAACAGGCCACUUCGAGCUUCUUUUGAUUCUUUGUCUCCUCCAACCAAUAGGUCAUACAACAGGCUUCCUAGAUGUAUUCAUGCUCUCCACUCCUGGUGCCAUAAUUUUGGAGGAUAUAGCAUCUUUAGUCAGAUAGAAUUGGUUUUUGUUGGAUCGUUUGGACUGGACGCGCGCGCCAUGAGGAGGGCGCAGCAGCAGCAGCAGCACCAGGGGGCGUCGGCGCCGGGCGUGGUGCGCGUGGACCAGGCGUCGCCCGCUUCCACCUUCCGCCAGCUCGACGACGCCUUCCUGCAGAAACAAACGAAAAUCUGGCUUGGUGAAGUUCUCCAUGUUAGGUUUGACGAAGACAUUUUGGUCGCAGACCUUCUAGGCGAUGGCGAGUUGCUAUUUCAAGUUUCGAAAGUAAUAUGGAAAAGGUUACUGAGAAAGAACAAAGAGCAACUCAAGCAAUCGAAAGUUUAUAUUUAUGAGAGAACAUCUUUUGGUAAAAGCAAUGGGAAAUAUACGCCCUAUCCAAAAGUCGACUCGUUUCUAAAGAUAUGCCAAAUCCUUGGGUUGGCUGGGAUUGAUUUGUUUACCCCUUCCGAUGUGGUUGAGAAAAGAAAUGUUCGGAAAGUCUGCAUGUGCAUACGUUCGCUGUCUAAAAAGGCCGGGAUGAUGCACCUGAAUGUACCUGAUUUUGAUGUUGUAACUCACACAAUAGCCAUGCCCAAUUAUAUGGUUGGAGUUAUCCGCAGAAGUCUGGAGCAACCACGGUGCAGUUCAUCUUGUUCGAGUGGAUAUAGCCCGCAUGCGAAUUCUGAGAGCAUAUUUGGACAGAAUGACCAACAAGGUGACACGCAUUAUGACUCUGAUGAAGCAGAGAGCAGUCUCUAUGUGCUAGAACCUCAGGAAAAUGUUGGUGAAGACAACCUUUCGGAACGUUUGCAAAUAGGCAAUGCCCCCAAGGAACAAAGAGAAGGCUAUGGAGAUAGUGGACAUGGCAAGCUGGAAGAGAAGUCAGUGGCUGAACCAGUGGGUUCACUUGACUUUGGCGUUAUGGAUGCUGAUUCUGCGGAUUCAGCUCCUUUUCACGACAACCAACUGUGUUGUUCUACUCACUCUUCAACUGACCAGUGCUCAAGAACUAGAACAACUAAAUGUUCAAUGAGCUCGGAAGAGUCAGACUCCAUUAGCAGUUACUUAGCGUUCGACAGUAGCAAGAAUGAUCUGGACGCUCCUAAGGUCAAAGUUUCUGAAAGGAUUCAUGAUGAACAUGACGAACCUUCACAUUCUUCUAUUCAAGGAAAUGGGAAAAUAUUUGUCGAUCAUCCAAAAAAAGAAGGUGAUGACCUCCUAAAGGACACUAGCGCCAUGGAUCAACAUUGUGAUGCUUUUAUCUGUGAUAGGGAAUCUGUUAGUUCAAGUUCUGAAGAACCCAGGUUCGGAUUAAAUGGAGAGUCAUACUCAGGUUUAACCCCAAGAAAUUCUACGGGUGGUCAAUUGCCAGCAGUUUCUGAAGAUACUACAGCAAGUCGAGGGCUGAAACAUGAAAUCAGCACUAAGGAUCACAUUGAUGCUUCCAGAUCCGAGGACGAACUGGCGAAACCACUAGAUACAGCUGAACACAACAACGGAAAUGCUCAGAGGAAUGAGGACGAUCCUCCCAAAUCAGGGAAAGGCGUGCUGAAGUCAGUGGCUGGAGGAAUCACGCUCGUUGGCGCAGUGUUCUUUAUAGCUCAUCUCAGGAGAAGCAAGGGGAGAAUCUUCACAGCAAUUUUACCUCCACUGUCUGAAAAAUCUAUUCAGAGCGACUCGAGGACGACGAACGUGGACAAACGAAAGGCAGCCGAGCUGUAUCCCGGCGGAUGGCUGAAGGUUUAACAGGAUGGAGUGGACACGGCCAAUUAAUAGGGCAGCGCAAUUUGGAAUUCUGUGUAUCAUGUAAAUCCAUAUAGCAGAACACCUUGAUAUUCUUGAUACGGAUCAGGCUUAAUAUUUACUGAAGAAGCGAUACAUAAUACAAGUAGCUUCUAGCUUAUACUCGUA